ACAGAAAGGAGGAGGGUGACUUGUCCCAGCUCGCGGAGGUCCGGAACGCCCUGUUCCUACCUCAGCCCCUGCCAAGUGUAGGGGUUUGAGGGCUUGUCAGUCCCAAGCCCAAGCAGGUUCUGGCGGUUCUCUUACCACUGCCACCUGGUGUCCUGGGCCCUGCCUGGCACGGGGUCUGGGAAGGGCAGGGGUCUCUGGGCCCUGCUCUGGAGCCUGUGGUGCCGCCUUUGCCUCUCACAGGAGGAGAGGGAGCAUCCCUUCCACUCAAGACACCCAAACCUUGCAUGAGAGCAUUGGCUCCCUCCCUUGACCAUGCCUGCAAGCUUAGAGGGGCAGAGAAGGGAUUCUGAGGGUCUGCCACAUACCAGGCUGCGAUCAUGAUUCAUGGUGUCCAGUACAAAGGAGAGACCACGUCCCUUCUGGGGUGGAAUUGGAACCAGAGCCCCCAGCCGCAUCUCCUCUCUGCUCUGCUUGAGUCUUCUGGAAUGGACCUGCCUGCCAGGAAGCCAGGUCACCCUUGGUCCUGGUCGUGCCUGCCCCCUGGGGAACACAGGUGGCCCAGGCAGUGGUAGCGGCAUUUGUGGCAGAGGAUGCCCCGGGUCCCGGAGCGUGCAGAGGGCUGCUGGGCCUGGGUGGUGCUCCUGGCCUCCCUGGUGACCCAGGGUCUCACUCUGGGCUUCCCCACAUGCACUGGCAUCUUCUUCACUGAACUGCAGCAUGAGUUCCAGGCCAGCAACAGUGAGACCUCGUGGUUCCCCUCCAUCCUGACAGCCAUGCUCCAUGCUGGGGGACCCCUAUGCAGCAUCCUGGUGGGACGCUUUGGCUGCAGAGUGACGGUGAUGCUGGGAGGUGCGCUGGCCAGCCUGGGCAUGGUGGCCAGCUCCUUCUGCCGCACCCUUAGCCAGCUCUACCUCACAGCAGGAUUCAUCACAGGCCUGGGCAUGUGCUUCAGCUUCCAGUCGAGCAUCACCGUGCUAGGCUUCUACUUCUCCCGCCAUCGGGCACUGGCCAAUGCACUGGCUUCAGUGGGCGUCUCCCUGGGCAUCACGCUCUGGCCACUGCUCUCCCGCUACCUCCUGGAGGACCUGGGCUGGAGGGGCACCUUCCUUGUCUUCGGUGGAGUUUUUCUCCACUGCUGCGUCUGUGGGGCCAUCCUGAGGCCUGUGGCCACCAGUAUGGCCCCUGAGACCAUAGAAGGCCCCCCUCCUCCUUCCAAGACACCUGCACCGGGCUGCCUGGCAGCAUGUGGUCAGGCCAUCCAGCGCCAUCUGGCCUUUGACAUCUUGCGGCACAACGCAGGCUACCGAGUGUUCACGCUGGGUGUUAUGUGGAUGAUCCUCGGCUUCCCGCUGCCACAUGUCUUCCUGGUGCCAUACGCCAUGCGGAAUGGGGUGGAUGAACACAAGGCAGCCCUGCUCAUCUCCAUCAUCGGCUUCAGCAAUAUCUUCCUGCGGCCGAUGGCUGGGCUGGUGGCAGGCCGGCGGGACUUUGCUGGCCACCGGAAGUACCUGUUCAGCCUGGCAGCCCUGCUCAAUGGCCUCACCAACCUGGUGUGCGCAGUGUCGGCCGACUUCCGGGUGUUGGUGGGCUACUGCCUGGUGUACAGCGUGUCUAUGAGUGGCAUCGGUGCCCUCCUCUUCCAGGUCCUCAUGGACAUUGUUCCCAUGGAUCGGUUCUCUAGCGCCCUGGGCCUCUUCACCAUCCUGGAGAGCAUCUCCAUCCUCAUCUCCCCGCCACUGGCUGGGCUCCUGCUGGACACCACCAACAACAACUUUAGCUAUGUUUUCUACAUGUCAAGCUUCUUCCUCAUAUCAGCUGCCCUCUUCAUGGGUGGCAGCUUCUGUGCCCUGCAGAAGAAAGAGAGGCAAAGCAAGCAGGCCGAGGCGGAAGGAGUCAUCACGGAGGCUGCCUCAGAGCAGGGCCUCACGGUAGAGGACUCACGUGGGUCCAGGAAGCAGCUGUAUACCGAGAUCAUGUAUGUGACCAGUGUCUGAGCCCUGAGGUCAGUGAGGGACCACUGCCUCAGUCCAGGAGUGUGAUGUCCAGCUGCCAGGGGCCAGGGUGAGGGACUGGCCCAGGAAGCCUGAACCACAAAGCCGUCCAGGCUCUGCACACUGGAACUCAGCCAGGAGCUGGGACCUUAGAGGCUGGUCUCCAAAGACUCAGGGUUCUUCCCAACCAGCAGAAUCCAGGAGCGGGUCCUCCUGACUUUUUCUUUUGGGUACCAGAGUACCUGGAGCCCAGAAAAGUGAGUCUAUACCCUACACACAGCCGGCUCACCUCAGCUGGCUGCCCAGUACUGCUGCUGCAACUCAAUACACUGGACCCUCCAGUCUAGCCUGGAUGUCUCUGAUGGAAUCUCUUUGUCCUUCUCUGGCCUCCAGACAGUUCCAAAGAACUCACCCCUCCUCCAGGGCCCUCCACUCCCUCUCUGCUAAAGGGCCCAGCCCUCGCCCUUAGGGCUGCCCCCAGCAUAGGUUGCUGGGCCUCCUGCUGACUGGAACCUUGGGAAGAAGAACCUCAUGAAAGGUUGAGUUGUGAUCCCCAGUGGGCCAGGCUGAGGGGUUGGCUUGGACACAGGAUACAGACAGAUGAAAGGUUGGGCAGAGAGGACCCAUCCUGGCGUCUGAGCAAAGAACUAGUGGGGAGGAGCCCUUGGCUUGGGUCCUAGAAUCAGUGAAGUCUGAGGGGUCCCCUGCACUCAGCAUGAGUGCUGGGAGGCCGGGAGACCUGUGAGCAGGGGAGGGGAAGGAUUGCUAGGCAGGGCCCGAGGCCUCUGGGAAAAUGGAGCUGCUUUUGUAACAGAAGCCUCUUACUCCCUGGCCUGCCCUCCACUCCCUACUGUGUCAGAGGUGUCCUCCCUGGGGUAAGUACCUGGCUGGGCCAGCUGCCAGCCCACCUCUGCUCCCCGUUGGCCUGUGCCUGUGGCGUGGAGGUCAGUGCCCCCCCCCCACAUACACUUUUUGCUGGAACUGUUUUCUGAGGUCAUCACUUGGGGGCUGGCUGUCAGGCCAAGCUCGUUCCAGUGGGAUACCGACAAAGGCUUCGGAAAAACAGUUUGUUUGAAUUACAUACAAAAACCUUCCUGGAGUAGGUUAUAAACCCCGUGAACUAAUGAAGCUGGAAAACAGGCCUUGAGUAAGUGCCUACCCUCCCCCUUCCAUUCUCCCUGCUCAGCGGGGGCUGUUCCGACCCAAGGCCUUGUUUGUUGAUUCAGGCUCAACCAGGCUCCAACAAGAAAGCCUUAUCAGGAAAAUAAAUUUUAUUUUCAUGACCUAA